ACAGGAAAUAAGGGAACCUCGGUAAUUCAUGUCAGCUUCAACCAGUGAUCCUUAAAAGAAAAAAAGAAAAACAUCUUCCGUUGGCAAAGAAAACCCUUGCAUCUGACGAAGGCAUGGGGUUGACGAAUUUCGUUCUCACGGUGGCCGGAGUAAGCGCCGUCGUUCUCCUCCUUAGGAGUGACGUCAAGCAAUCUGCCUCCAUCUUCCGCCGCAACGUCAAACACAUCCGUAACUGGCUCGAAGAAGAAACCGCCGCUUCUUCCAAGACAAUGGAGAAGUCCACCAAAGAACUUGAAUCAAAGGUUCCUCCAAAAAAAGACACUCCUAAGGAGGACAAGCAUUAAUGUUUAUGCAGGGUAAGUCCUUGUGUAAAAGCUUGAAGAUUCCAUGAUUUUUGGAAUAACUAGGUUUGAGAGUCCCAUGAUGUCACAUUGUGUGUAUGAGGUAAAAUUUGGCCAACAUAGUUACUCCGACAUGUUACUGGUGUAUUUUCUUUCGGUGAGAGUGUUGAUGAAAAGCGGAAAAUUCCAGUUAAGUUUUUUUAAAUGCAUAUCCAGACAUGCCGAAAGUGUUGUAUUAGUGCUAUAUAAGUAGUUAGGAGGACUUGUUCUUGUAUGAGCAUAACAUGUUUUUUACAUU